AUGGACCUUUUUGGGUCCCUGGACAACACUUUAAGAACCUCUGUGUCAGGCUAUCCUUACUCAGAAGAAAUUCCCAGUCAAAGUAAUGGAGUGCAAGUGACCAUCCCAGACAGUUUUGUGAAUGUGACUGUUGGAUCUGAUGUCACUCUCGUCUGCACCUACACCACCACCAUGGCCUCACUGGACCAGCUUUCCAUCCAGUGGACAUUCUUCCAUAAGGAGUCACAGCCAAUUUCUAUUUACUAUUCGGAAGGUGGACGAGCUACAGCCAUCGGGCGAUUUAAAGAUCGCAUUGUAGGGUCCAACGCUCCAGGUAACGCAUCCAUCACCAUUUCACAUAUGCAACCAGCAGACAGUGGCAUCUACGUCUGUGAUGUCAACAACCCCCCUGACUUUUUCGGCAAAAAUCAAGGCACCCUCAACGUCAGCGUGUUAGUCAAACCUUCUAAGCCCCUUUGCAGCAUCCAAGGAAUACCAGAAACCGGCCAUCCUGUUUCUCUCACUUGCCUCUCGGUGCUUGGAACACCUUCCCCUGUGUACUACUGGUAUAAACUUGAAGGAAGAGACAUCGUCCCAGUGAAAGAAAACUUCAACCCAGCCACUGGGAUUUUGUUUAUUGGAAAUCUGACCAAUUUUGAACAAGGUUAUUACCAGUGCACCGCUAUCAACAUCCUUGGCAAUAGUUCCUGUGAAAUUGACCUAACUUCUUCACAUCCAGAAGUUGGAAUCAUUGUUGGGGCCUUGGUGGGUGCCCUGGUAGGUGCUGCCAUUAUCAUCUCUGUGGUGUGCUUUGCAAGGAACAAGGCAAAGGCAAAGGAAAGGAAGAGAAAUUCUAAGACCGCCACAGAACUCGAACCAAUGACAAAGAUAAACCAAGCUACAGAGUGCGAGGCAAUGCCAAAUGAAGAUGUCAUCCAACCAGAAGCAACUCUGCCGCUCUCCGUCCGUGAUGCUGAGCCUGAUACCACCCCGGGGCCAGAUCAUGAGCCUUUCGCCGAGCCUGAGCCUGCCCCGCAGCCUAAGGCAGCCUCAGGGCCUGAGCUCAUCCCCAAGUCUGAGCUUGUGAUCAAGCUGGAGCCACAGCCUGCCCCUCAACAGGAACAGGAGCCCUAGAUUGUGGUUGAGCCCUUCUCUGACGAGGAGAAGGGAGUGGUUAAGACAUAGGCUGGCGGCCUGGGUACAGUGUCCAUCACUAAGGUACCCAUUACUGGCAUUUGGAAUUCAGCUGACCUAACUAACCCACCACCUCCCUCCGUUCUGACCAACCCUCUUCUAACAAGGUGCUCCUACCAUCAAUCCAAAACAGGCAGGCCAAGAUAACUACUAAAUAAAUGCAAGGGUUCCUGCA